CGAAGGAGCCACGUCGUUGUUUUUCCGCACCUUCGCAGCUCCCAAAGGAGAGGAGAGGAGAGAGGAGUGGGGAAGUUAUUAACAGUUGAUGGUGCAAUCAGAGGCUGAUAUUUAGGACUCCGGGUGUGUAAUUGGUGUAACCUAGACACCAGUUUUCCCAGGGUGAGAGAGAUGCUCGUGAGACGACGUGAUACCUGACACCUGGUGCUUUUGUUUCGUCCAUGCACCUGAGGCACGGGAAGGAGAAGCAAGGACAGGUGCAGGGCUUUCAUUAGCUCUGAAGCUGAAAGACGACGGUGUGAGAGAAAUGCGGUGAAGAUACGCUGAACCUGCAGCCAGGAGGAGGAUGGAGACGUAGAAAACUUCAUCUAUACGCCGAUUUUUACUUCUUACAUGCACUCACAGAGGGACUCAGUGUCUCACACACACACCAUGAAGCCUGGCAAGAAAUCCUUCAUAGCCUUCAUCAAAGAAAGGAAGAUGGGCUUGAACGACUUCAUUCAGAAGCUGGUCUCCAACCCUCACAUCUGCCAACAUUCUCAGGUAGAUCAUUUCCUGAAGAUUGACGAGAACCAGAACGAGGAAAUGGGAAGAGACGGGGAUAUCUGCUCACCCCAGACGUGCCUGUCCUCUGCAAGGAGCUCUCUAGCUGAGGAGAUUCAGAUAAAACCCUGCGACUUUGACUACCUGAAGAUCAUCGGCAAGGGGAGUUUCGGAAAAGUUCUGUUGGCCAGACACAAAGAAACGGAGCAGUACUACGCUGUCAAGGUGCUCCAGAAGAAGAUCAUUCUGAAGAAGAAAGAGCAAAAGCAUAUCAUGGCCGAGCGCAGCGUCCUGCUGAAGAACAUCAAGCACCCGUUCCUGGUGGGGCUUCAUUACUCCUUCCAGACCACCGACAAGCUCUACUUUGUGCUGGACUACGUCAACGGUGGCGAGUUGUUCUACCACCUCCAGCGAGAGAGGAUUUUCCUGGAACCCAGAGCUCGCUUCUACGCUGCUGAGAUCGCAAGUGCUCUUGGCUACCUCCAUUCCCUGCACAUCGUUUACAGAGAUCUCAAGCCGGAGAACAUCCUCCUGGACUCUCAGGGCCACAUCGUACUCACUGAUUUUGGCUUGUGUAAGGAGGGACUGGAACCCGACGACACCACCACUACGUUCUGUGGCACUCCAGAGUAUUUGGCACCGGAGGUCCUGCAGAAGCAAGCAUAUGACCGCACAGUGGAUUGGUGGUGCCUCGGCUCCGUCCUUUAUGAGAUGCUCUAUGGAUUGCCUCCAUUCUACAGUCGCAACACAGCCGAGAUGUACAACAACAUCCUGCACAAGUCUCUGGUGCUGAAGCCGAACGUGUCCAACGCUGGGCGCGAGCUGCUCGAGGGGCUUCUGCAGAAGGACCGCACCAAGAGGCUGGGAGUGAAGGAAGACUUUCUGGAACUCAAGAACCACACCUUCUUCUCCCCCAUCAAUUGGGAUGACUUGAUGGCCAGGAAGAUCACUCCUCCUUUUAUUCCUUCAGUGAGCGGUCCCACUGACCUGCGGCACUUUGACCCCGAGUUCACCCACCUGCCUGUCUCCACCUCCGUGUGUAACUCCGACAACCUGCACGUGACGAGCAGCGUCCGAGAGGCGGCCGGCGCUUUCCCAGGCUUCUCAUACGGCCCUCCAGCCGACUUCGCCUUCCAGUAGCCUCUUCACAAUCCCCACAUUCCAGACCAGAACCUGCAAUACAGGAUACAUGCUCAGUGCACACGAGGGACCAUAACAGAGUUCACCACGGAGGACCGACUCGCUGCGGACGUCUGUGAACGUCCGUGUGACGCUUAUGGACCUCAACAGAGUCACGUCCAUUAAAAAACAAAACAACAGACUUUACCCGUGAAGAAAGUGUGCCAAGUGUCUGGUUGAAGUUCCUUAUCAGGGAGGAGGUGGUUAAGAAGUGCCUGGAUGUUUUAAAGCGUUAAUGACUAUAAUGCCAGGCUUUGGAUAAAGCUCACGGCACUGAAUACGAUGCCUUUGCGUACGAUCAAACUUUGCAGACGGAAACGGUACUUAAACGCAAUAUUGCACAUGAGGAGGAAAAAAAGUAUGACGGAAAAAAAACUGUUCACAUUUUAUGGCUAGAGAUUUUCAGCAUAAACAUGAUGACCUUUUUUUUCAAAACGGCACGUGUUUAUACGCAUUACACCAACACCUACGGACAAAAAUGUUCAAAUCCUUCAUCAAGAUAACUUGAUUGUUGUUUUUCCAUCCAAUGUAGCUGAUUUCAUCUAACUCCAAAAAUCUCGUAGCUGCUCUACUCAGUAGAUGUCCUGAACGUUGUGUAUUAGCAGGACUUCCUUCAUGUUUGUCUGCAAAGCAAGCACUUUUAUACUGUGAUGUGUGCUUUAUGUAAUUUGCUUGUUAAUAGAAAUAUUAUUAAACCGGAAAACCCGGAUUUAUUUUAAUACCAGUAAUGAGAGAAAAGUGGAAAAAAAAACUGUAACAUGGUCAAGCUCGGUCAGAAGGAUGUUGUAUACAUCUGUUCCAGGUCAAGCACUGAAAGAACCACAAAUCUUUCACUCCAUGCACAAACGUUGCCUGUUGAACAUUUAUCCCACCCAGCUCUGUGGUAUAAACUGUUCCUUCCGUACUAUUAUUAUUAUUAUUAUGACUUUACACUGAACAACAGAUAAAUUAGAAAUAAUAGUAGCUGUUUCCAGACCGCGUCUCGGAUCGAAGAGGCGCCACGGUGAAGUUCGACAGGCCUUUCAUAGUCCAGAUGGACGAUAAGGUGCGUUUGUUUGUACUGUUGGACCAAUCUUAACCUUCUGUAGAAACGUAACACGAGUUAUUUUCUUCCAUAUUUGGAAGUUGAUUUCUUUAUUUUAUACAUUUUUUUUCAUGUAUAUUUAUUUUACAUGACCUUCUGUACCAUAGUGCUGAUUCUGAAAUGAUUAGAAUGAUGGAAUAUUUAACUGUGAUGUUUGUUAAAUGUUCAAUAAAACCAUUAAAAAACAAAAAA